UAAAAAAAAUUUUAAUUUAAUCUCUAUUAUUUAUCAUUUUAACUCUAAUUUGAUCUUUUCAUUAAAAUUUUACCUAUGUAUCUAGUUAAUUUACCUUCCUUGGAACCUGGGACCCAACGCCUGGGUUCCGGCGAACCCACGUCUGGGUUCCGUCGAACCCACGCCUGGGUUGGGUUCCGUCGAACCCACGCCUGGGUUGGGUUCCAUGGAACCCAGGCGUCGGCUCGACGGAAUCCAGGCCUGGGUUCCGUCAAACCCGGGGUUGGGUUCCGGCGAACCCACGUCUGGGUUCCGUCGAACCCACGCCAGGGUUGGGUUCCAUGGAACCCAGGCCUGGGUUCCGUCAAACCCGGGGUUGGGUUCCUUGUAACCCGCCGCUUUUCUCCAGGUCAACAACCACCAAACCCUUUGAUGUUACUUGGACAGUAUAGCGAUGAUGAAUUAGAUGACGAAACAGAUAAGAGACUUGAAGAUGGUAUUAUGGAGAAUUCCAUGGCUGACCAUGCUGAUCAGGUCAAGGGGCCACUCAGUGAGGUUGAUGCAGGGGAAAGGCAAGCUUGUAACCUGUUCAACCAACUGGAUCAGGAGAGAGAUUCUAUCACAUUGAAUGGUCCCAGGAACGUGGAAGGCAUUGGCACUAGAGAAACAGAUAAUUAUGUCUCCAGUGACUCAGACAAGGAAAAGGAUUCUUAAAAAACCCCAAUUCCUGGAACUUCUGAAGUGCAAAUCAUUGGAGAUGUGGGGUCAGGCUGGAGGAUAGUAAUGCAUGAAGAGAAUAAUCAGUACUAUUACUGGAAUACUGAACUGGGGAAACAUCAUGGGAAGUACCCAAUGUUUUGGAUCAGACAAACCAAUCAGCCUCUGAUCAGAAAGCUCCUGCUAUUGAUUAUACAGAGAUUGUUCCUGCAGGUCCUCUGGAUUGUAAAUUGAAUUCAGGCAUUCAGUUGGAUGAUUCUUCUACUGCUGUAACCAUUAAGGGUUCAAUGGUGUUGAAUCUGGACCCCAAUUGGAUGCACAUGAUGAUGGAUACAAAGCUGAAGCUCUGAAGGAUAGAAAUUGGGUCCCUGAUUUUAAUCAAAUUGAAUCUCAAAGUGACUUCAAUGCAGUUAAUUCUCAAAUGGCCAGUGGAAAUUCAGUUGUUCUGAGAAUUACGCUCAUGCUGCGCUAGCCAGUGAAGAACAAAAUAAGGGAAUUGAUAUCUCUGCUCAUCUUGUGAAACAAGGAGAGUGUUUAUUAGAAAGAAUGAAGUCACUAAAAGUGU